AUGACCACGCGCAAGAGACGACAGGAAGCCGGUGAAGAAGAGGAGCUUCAGGCUCUUCCUAGCGACCAGAGCGACGAGGAGGAGGAAGAGGAGUUCGAUGACGAGUCUGACUUUGAGGGAGAAGACGAUUCAGAGGAGAACGAGGACGAGGAGCCUGCUGAGGAACCAGAGCCAUCGGCUAAGCGACGCAAGACUGGUCGAGCUGCUGCUGCAAAGAAGGCACCUGUAGAUGACGACGAGGAGGAUGCAGAUGAAAUAGAGGAGGAAGAGGAACAGGCGCAAGGCGAGGAGAAAGACGAGGAAGAGGAGGAAGAGGCAGAGGGAGACGACGAAGAGAAGGACGGCGAUGCUGAAGAGGACGAUGAAGUAGCUGAGAAGCCUGCUUCUUCGGCCAAGAAAGCCGCUGCCGCUGCUGUUGAAGAGGAAGAAGAAGACGAGUAA